AGAUGGUCGCGCCUGUUGCCGCUGUGUGUUGCUCUCCUUCCUGGUUAAAGACUUGCCUCCAGGCUGCCGACGUCGCCUCACAACCUCAGAGACCCCAAAAAGCCCGAGGAGUCCCACACUGCCGAAGAAUGCCAGUAGAUCUUUCCACUGCUGAGGAUUAAAGCGCCCCAGAGUGUCCCCUUUUUUUGCAAAUGGCUUGCUGCCUGAAGGACGAGCUCCUCUGUUCCAUCUGCCUGAGCAUCUACCAGGACCCCGUCAGCUUCGGCUGCGAGCAUUACUUCUGCCGCAAGUGCAUCACCGAGCACUGGAGCCGGCAGGAGCCCCACGGAGCGCGCGAUUGCCCCGAGUGCCGACGCACCUUCGCCGACCCACUGUUGUCCCCCAGCCUCAAGCUCUCCAACAUUGUGGAGCGCUAUUCGGCAUUCCCCUUGGACGCCAUCCUCAACGCUCAGAGGAGCCCGUACCCCUGCAAGGACCACGAAAAGGUCAAGCUCUUCUGUCUCACCGACAAAAGCCUGGUGUGCUUCUUCUGUGACGAGCCGGCGCUUCACGAGCAGCACCAGGUCACCACUAUCGACGAGGCUUACGAGGAGAUCCAGAGGGAGAUGAAGGAGCAGCUGGCCACCCUACAGGACAGCGAGAAGGGUCACACCGAGGCCCUGCAGCUCUUGCAGAGACAACUCACUGAGACCAAGUCCUCAGCCAAAGGUCUCCGCGCCACCAUUGGCGACGCCUUCGAGCGCCUCCACCGCUUCCUGCGCGAGCGUCAGAAGUGCAUGCUGGAGGAGCUGGAGAUGGACACGGCGCGCAAGCUCACCGACAUCGAGCACAAGAUCCAGCGCUACAGCCAGCAGCUGCGUGACGUCAAGGAGGGCAUCCAGAUCCUGCAGGAGCGCCUCGACGAGACGGGGCGGCACGACUUCCUGGAGGGGGUGGCCGUCACGUCCGAUAGGAUUAAAGGGAAGAUUCAUGAGACCAAUCUGACCUAUGAAGACUUCCCCACAUCCAAGUACAUGGGACCCCUGCAGUACACCAUAUGGAAGUCCCUUUUCCAGGACAUCUCUCCAGUUCCUGCUGCGCUGACCCUUGACCCCAUCACGGCCCACCAAAGACUCAUCCUGUCAGACGACUGCACCAUCGUGGCUUACGGCAACCUGCACCCGCAGCCGCUGCAGGACUCGCCGCGCCGCUUCGACGUGGAGGUGUCGGUCCUGGGCGCCGAGGGCCUGGCGUCGGGCGUCCACUACUGGGAGGUGAUGGUGUCGGAGAAGACCCAGUGGAUGAUCGGCGUGGCCAGCGAGACGGUCAGUCGCAAGGGGAGCAUCCAGAUCCAGCCGGGCCGCGGCUUCUACUGCAUCGUCAUGCAUGACGGCAACCAGUACAGCGCCUGCACCGAGCCGUGGACCCGCCUCAACGUCAAGAGCAAGCUGGAGAAGGUGGGCGUCUACCUGGACUACCCCAAGGGUCUCCUCAUCUUCUACAACGCCGACGACAUGUCCUGGCUCUACACCUACCGGGAGAAGUUCCCCGCCAAGGUCUUCCCUUACUUCAGUCCGGGUCAGAGCCACGCCAACGGCAAGAACGUGCAGCCGCUGCGAAUCAACACCGUGCGCCUUUAGAGGAGGCCCGCCAAACAAAGAUGUCCGUUUUAACUUGUUAAGGUCCGCCGUUAGAUGGAGACAAAGGGGCGCCCUUAGGGAGGGGAAUUGGGGUUCCUCGUCCAACUUGAGUAACAAUUGAAGGUUUGACUGGUGUCAGCGUUUUCUGCACUUUUUGACUUUAGCCCGCUCCCCCUGCUGGACACUUGGCGUCAUUACAAGGAUGCCACGCCCCUGCGCGGUCGUAGUAACUUCCAUUCAUCCAUUUUCUGUACUCUAUCCACCCCGGACUGGUCUCCAGCCAAUUUACAGGGAAUCUCUGCGGUGGUCACAUGUCUCCAAAAAAAACAAUAAGAAGGCCCUGACUGAGAUUCGAACCCUGGAUCUCCUAACCACUUAAAAGAGUAAAUGAUUGAGGCCUCUAGUUAUGCUGCUAUUGACAGAAAGGACUUAGACAAUUACAAACCCCGUUUCCAUAUGAGUUGGGAAAUUGUGUGAGAUGUAAAUAUAAACGGAAUACGAUGAUUUACAAAUCCUUUUCAACCCAUAUUCAGUUGAAUGCACUAAAAAUAUAAGAUAUUUGAUGUUCAAGCUCGUGGGCUUCACGGUGGCAGAGGGGUUAGUGCGUCUGCCUCACAAUACGAAGCUCCUGCAGUCCUGGGUUCAAAUCCAGGCACGGGAUCUUUCUGUGAGGAGUUUGCAUGUCCUCCCCGUGAAUGCGUGGGUUCCCUCCGGGUACUCCGGCUUCCUCCCACUUCCAAAGACAUGCACCUGGGGAUAGGUUGAUUGGCAACACUAAAUUGGCCCUAGUGUGUGAAUGUGAGUGUGAAUGUUGUCUGUCUAUCUGUGUUGGCCCUGCGAUGAGGUGGCGACUUGUCCAGGGUGUACCCCGCCUUCCGCCCGAUUGUAGCUGAGAUAGGCGCCAGUGCCCCCCGCGACUCCAAAAGGGAAUAAGCGGUAGAAAUGGAUGGAUGGAUGUUCAAACUCAUAAACUUUAUUUUUUUUGCAAAUAAUUAACUUAGAAUUUCAUGGCUGCAACACGUACCGAAGUAGUUGGGAAAGGGCAUGUUCACCACUGUGUUACAUCACCUUUUCUUUUAACAACACUCAAUAAACGUUUGGGAACUGAGGAAACUAAUUGUUGAAGCUUUGAAAGUGGAAUUCUUUCCCAUUCUUGUUUUCUGUAGAGCUUCAGUCGUUCAACAGUCCGGGGUCUCCGCUGUUGUAUUUUACGCUUCAUAAUGCGCCACACAUUUUCAAUGGGAGACAGGUCUGGACUGCAGGCGGGCCAGGAAAGUACCCGCCAUCUUUUACUACGCAACCAUGUAACACGUGGCUUGGCAUUGUCUUGCUGAUAACGUUGCUUGGAUGACAAAGUAUGUUGCUCCAAAACCUGUAUGGACCAUUCAGCAUUAAUGGUACCUUCACAGAUGUGUAAGUUACCCAUACCUUGGGCACUAAUACGUCCGCAUACCAUCACAGGUGCUGACUUUUGAACUUUGCGCCUACAAUAAUCCAGAUGGUUCUUUUCCUCUUUGGUCCAGAGGACACCAUGUCCACAGUUUCCAAAAACAAUUUGAAAUGUGCACUCGUCAGACCACAGAACGCGUUUCCACUUUGCAUCAGUCCAUCUUAGAUGAGCUUGGGCCCAGCUAAGCCGAUGGCGUUUGUGGGUGUUGUUGAUAUAUGGCUUUCACUUUGCAUAGUAGAAUUUGAACUUGAACUUACAGAUGUAGUAACGAACUAGAGUUACUGACAGUGGUUUUCUGAAGUGUUCCUGAGCCCAUGUGAUGAUAUCCUUUACACACUGAUGUCGCUUUUUGAUGCAGUACCGCCUGAGGGAUCAAACGGUCCGUAAUAUCAUCGCUUACGUGCAGUGAUUUCUCCAGAUUCUCUGAACCUUUUGAUGAUUUUACGGACCGUGGAUGGUAAAAUCCCUAAAUUCCUUUCAAUAGCUCGUUGAGAAAUGUUGUUCUAAAACUGUUCGACAAUUUGCUUACAAAUUGGUGACCCUCGCCCCAUCCUUGUUUAGGAAUUACUUAGCAUUUCAUGGAAGCUGUUUUUAUACCCAAUCAUGGCACCCACCUGUUCCCAAUUAGCCUGCACACCUGUUGGAUGUUCCAAAUAAGUGUUUGAUGAGAAUUUCUCAAUUUUAUCAGUAUUUAUCGCCACCUUUCCCAACUUCUUUGUCACGUGUUGCUGGCAUCAAAUUCUAAAGUUAAUGAUUAUUUGCAAAAAAAAAAAAAAAAAGUUUAUCAGUUUGAACAUCAAAUAUGUUGUCUUUGUAGCCUAUUCAACUGAAUAUGGGUUGAAAAGGAUUUGCAAAUGAUUGUAUUCCGUUUAUAUUUACAUCUAACACAAUUUCCCAACUCAUAUGGAAACGGGGUUUGUAGUUGCAAAGACUUUUUGCUUGAUGACGGCCAUGUUUUUCCAUGAAUGCGGGGUAGCGGUGAUGGUGUGGUGCACUUGCUGAGCACUCUUGCGAGAUGUUCUCGUAUUUGUCUUGUCCUCGUGCCUCAAAGCAGAUUCAUCAGCACAUGUCCUGCAGAUUGUCCACUGAGAGCCUCUUGUCCAACAUGUUUGUCCCCCUCUUCUCCUUUGCUCUCCUCUCCAGUCCUGCAACAAGCCCACCGGGACCUCCGUGCACGUCCUUCAGCCUUGCCAAAAAGUCUAAACGACGACAUACUUCAUUCGUCCUUCCGCCGUGUUGCACCUUUUACUCGUCAGGACGAGCGUGUGAGUAAGAACAUUCCAAAUCUUUUCUUUGUGUGGUUGUUGUUUCUUUAAGUUACAGGGUUUCCGAUGUACAAUCCACUGGUCUGCUUUAAAACCGACAUCCAGGUUGCUGCUUUGUGAUUGAAGCAAAGCAUUCUGGGACAUUUUUGUGUGUCAAUGGGCCAUUCCACUCAAACGCUGCCAUUUGUGUCCUCAGGAAAUUAAAUACAUGAAUGGCCUGUAAAAAAAGACAUGUCCUCCAUGUUAUGAUUGCAAAUGUAACCAUUUAAAAUGUGAAUAAUAACAACCUUGAAAACGAGCUUUAGUUGCCUGUCCUCACUUCCAAUAAGGAGACUAUCCAUGAACUACAGUAAUGUAAAUCCUUCAGAAAUAUAUUUUUUACAUAUAUGUCUUACUCAUCAUACUUUUUCUUUAAAGAAAAAUAAAAUUCACUUUUUACUCAGUCCCAAACGCUGUUCCUGUAACGCAGGGGUGUCCAAACUACGGUCUUCACUUUGCCCCACAAGACGUCCUGAAUGUUUACAAGGAACCUGGUAGCUUUAUAUUUAUUUUUAAUAUCUGACAAUUUUAGUGCUACGACUUGUAGACAACAUGAGUAUUUCAGUACAAUGACCAUGAAUUUUGGCUUGAAGUGAACGGAGCACAAUAUUUACUUCAGUGACCCAAUCCAAACAACCUUCCCUAGUCAUGGCGCAAAACGAAAAAUGCUACCAACACAAAAUGUCAACACUGGUGGUGACACAUAACAACUGAACUUUGUGGAUAUUAUUAAAAAGAAACACGCAAUAUUGAAACAAUUCUAAAUGACACCCAUUUAAUGCAAUGCAUGAUGGGGAAAAUGCAAAGCACUUUUUCCGCAUGUAUCCAUGUUUGGCACAUUUUAGCUGCUUGAUAUUUUCUGAUUGAGUACAAAAAAGGAGGUUGUCACGGACGUAAACGAGGUAGGAGUCGAACGCUCACUUAUUCUUAAUAUCCAAUUAUAUUAAUUAUAUGUCCCUUAUAUUGAUAUUUACACAUAUAUCUAUAGGCUGUGUGCGUGUGCAUAUAUAUACGUAUAUGUAAACAUACAUCCAUGUAUGAAUAUGUAUGUGUACGUCUGUGUGUGUGUGUGUGUGUAUAUAUAUAUAUAUGUAUGUAUGUUUGUGUAUAUAUAUAUACUAUAUGUGUAUAUAUAUAUAUAUAUACUAUAUGUAUGUGUAUGUGUGUAUACAUGUAUAUAUAUAUACUAUAUGUAUAUGUGUGUGUGUGUGUAUACAUGUAUGUAUACAUGUAUAUAUAUAUACUGUAUGUAUGUUUCCAUGUAUAUGUAUAUACAGUAUAUGUAUGUAUACAUACAUGUAUAUGUAUAUAUGUAUGUAUACAUAUUUAUAUAUGUAAACAUGUAUAUAUGUAUGUAUACAUGUAUAUGUGUAUGUAUAUAUAUGUAUGCAUACAUGUAUAUAUGUAUGUAUGUAUGCAUACAUGUAUGUAUGUGUGUAUGUAUGUAUAUAUAUAUGUAUGUAUGUAUAUAUAUGUAUGUAUGUAUAUAUGUGUAUGUAUGAAUGUAUACAUGUAUGUAUAUAUAUGUAUGUAUGUAUGUAUAUAUAUAUGUAUAUAUAUAUGUAUGUAUAUAUGUCUGUGUGUGUAUACAUGUGUAUAUAUAUAUAUAUAUACUCUAUAUGUAUAUAUGUGUGUGUGUAUUUAUAUAUAUGUAUGUGUGGAUGUAUAUAUGUAUGUGUAUGUAAAUAUAUACGUGUGUAUCUGUGUAUAUAUAUAUAUAUAUGUGUGUGUGUGUGUGUGUAUGUAUUUAUGUAUAUAUAAUAUAUAUACAUAUAUAUACACACAUACAGUAUAUACACACACACACACGUGUGUAUAUAUGUAUGUAUACAUGUAUGUAUAUAUAUGUAUGUAUGUAUACAUGUAUACACAUGUAUACAUGUAUACAUAUAUGUAUGUAUGUAUAUAUGUCUGUGUGUGUAUACAUGUGUAUAUAUAUAUGUAUAUCCUCUAUAUGUAUAUAUAUAUGUAUGUGUGUGUGUAUAUGACUGUGUAUAUAUGUAUAUGUGUGUGUAUUUAUAUAUAUGUAUGUGUAUGUAAAUAUAUACAUAUGUGUAUGUAUGUGUAUAUAUAUAUGUGUGUGUGUGUGUGUGUGUGUAUAUAUAUAUAUGUGUGUGUAUUUAGGUAUAUAUAUAAUAUAUAUACAUAUAUAGACACACAUACAGUAUACACACACACACACACACGUGUGUGUGUGUAUAUAUAUUUAUGUGUGUAUAUAUAACAUGUAUAUGUGUAUGUGUGUAUAUAUUUAUAUAUAUGUGUGUGUAUAUAUAUAUAUUUUUUGUAUAUAUGUAUAUGUAUAUAUUUGUAUAUAUAUAUAUAUAUAUAUAUAUAUGAUGUGUGUAUAUAUCUGUGUGUAUAUAUAUAUUUGUGUAUAUAUAUUUAUAUAUAUAUAUAAUGUGUAUAUAUAUAUAUGUAUAUGUGUAUAUGUAUGUAUGUUACUUUACAUGCAUUCAGCUUUCUGCCCUCGAACACAUUUUGUUUUAGUCCAAUGUGGCCCCCAAGUCAAAAAGUUUGGACACCCCUGCUAAAAGGCAUUAUAGGGAAUAUUCCACAAGUCACAUGGUCCACAGGAAGUUGUGUAAUGUCCUCUGCAGGCCAUGUAAAUACCAACCAAAAAAGUUUACAUAUAAUUAAGGAUGUGUUGAAAUCCCAACACAGUCCUGUUCCCCACAUUCUUUUUGUUCUUUAUUUGUGUUGAAUCAACAUGCUUGUUGCAUAAAUGCCACGUGGCUAUAUUUCCUCCAAUGUCUAAUUCUAUGCUAAAAUCUCCCGUUACUUUCAGUUCUGUUGCUUAAAUGAGUGGUCUUGUCAUAGGAAACUAGUAGGAAAAUAAACGUGCCUGAGAUGGGCCAAUAGCACACUGUCGGAUUUACACUUGAAUGUUUCCAGUUGCAACAAGCAAAUGAGGCUGAAUUAGUGGAAUGGCCCAAGUGUAUAUUUGGAAUGAGAUUAAUGUGAGGGUGCCAUCAAACAGCUGUGACACUUUUAAUGACGGCGUUCUUGAGGAUUGUGUCCUUAGUUAGGGAUGCUUGUUGUGUGAACACUCCUGCUGGAGCUUUGUGGGAACUUUAAUGUAUUAAUAAACCAUCCGCUGUUUUCUGUGUG